AUGCCACACAAGAGAGCUAAGAGGAGCGUGCGCGAGAAGAAUACUAAGGAUACCGGGUUCAAUAACGCCCCAAGUGGCUAUCGUAUCGACAGAGAAGAACUGCCAAAAGGCGCCAUGCGGAUUCUUAUGGGUGGUCAGAUCCAGGCUGACUAUCGCGAUAAGAAGAAUAAACGGAAGCGUGAUGCAGACGAUGCGAACGAAAAGGAGAAAGCUGAUCUCAAAAUACGCCCCGAAGAACGCCUGAAAGACUACAAUCGCCGUAUCGAUAACAAAAUGCGCAAAGAUAUCAACAGCACUAUCAAGAGCCACUCGUCGGAGAAAACGGCCAAGCAGAUGAACAAGAAGAUGCAAGACGAGGAUGCCAAGAGGAAAGAGAAGGCGGAGAAGAAGGCAAAGACGAAAUCAGACAAGCUUGAGAAGAAGAGAGAGGAAGAGACGGUCACAGCAGCAGGCUCACAAUCUGAUUCAGACGGUGAGACUAUCCAGCCCCCUAGAGAUUUCGCUGGUGCUGAACGGGUGCGUCUCAAUGACGUCGCACAAGCACCGCCUUCUCUCCCGCGGAUGAAUCGCCAGGCCAAACGAUUCGGUGUGGAGGAUUCGAAUGCAGGCAGCAGAGUGGGCACACCCCUUAUGCGUCAGCUUGAACUGGAGAAAGAACGUGCGCGCGUCAUCAGUCUUUAUCGCGCUCAGAAAGGCAAGCGUCUGGAGAAUUGGGUGAGCAGCAAGGAAGAAGCAGAAGCACAAGUCGAGUGA